AUAUGCGUGGGAUGUGUAUAAAUAGAUAACAUAUGCGUGGGAUGAUCGACAUGCAACGAUGAAAUCAUCAUCGGUUUUCUGGGAAAGCUCAGAGAAAACACAGAGAUGGAUAGCUUCAAACAUGGGAAGAUCAUCGCCAUUCCUCUUGCCUUUUCUUUGUAUAAGUCUCUUCUUCACCGUUUUCUUGGUUUACCAUCAAAGUCCUUUCAGGUCCAUCUCCGAUCAAAAUGUUCCCACUACCCAACCUCAAAUCGAUCCUGAUUGUGAUUUGUUCAAGGGACAUUGGGUUCCAGACAAAAGAGGAUCUUUGUACACAAACUCAAGCUGUUCCACUAUUCCUGCUUCCAAGAACUGCAUAAAACAUGGGCGAUCAGACAGAUAUUUCUUGUUUUGGAGAUGGAAACCCGAUGGCUGCGAUCUUCCUAGAUUUAACCCUAAGGCGUUUCUCAGUAUGGUUAGAGGCAAGAAGAUGAGUUUUAUUGGUGAUUCUGUAGCAAGAAACCACAUGGAAUCUCUUCUUUGCUUGUUGUCAAUGGAAGAAACUCCUAGAGAUAUCUACAAGGAUGGAGAAGACAGAAACAGGAUUUGGUACUUUCCUAGUCAUGAUUUUACACUAUCUACAUCUUGGACUAAGUUUCUUGUGGCGGGACAAGAGAGGGUAGACAGUAACAAGACCGGAACUGGAUUGUUUGAUUUAGAUCUUGCCAAGAUGGAUGAAGGGUGGUCCAAGGGUCUGCCAAAUACAGACAUUUCUAUUGUCUCGGCUGCUCACUGGUUCUUCAGACCAAUAAUCAUCCAUAGAGGAGACGAGACGCUUGGUUGCAUCUACUGUAACUUACCAAACAUGACUCACAUAAGCCCAGACGAAGGGUUUAAGCUUGUUUACUCAGCGGUAUUUAAGCACAUCAGUGAGUGUAAGAACUGCAAGGAAGACUUAGUUACAGUCCUGAGGACUAUUUCCCCUUCCCAUUUCGAGAACGGGACUUGGGAUACUGGAGGAGCGUGCAGCAGAACCAGUCCUUUUGGUGAGAACCAGAUCGAUCUCCAGAGUAACGAGAUGAAGAUCAGGACAUCUCAGAUUCAACAGCUUGAAGGUGUAACAAAAGGAGACUAUAAAGGAAAGAAGUUUGCGGUUUUGGAUGUGACUAAGGUUAUGCUGAUGAGACCUGAUGGUCAUCCUAAUGGUCAUUGGGGAAAUAAAUGGAUGAAAGGUUAUAAUGACUGCGUCCACUGGUGCUUGCCAGGGCCUAUUGAUGCGUGGAACGAGUUUCUAAUGGCCGUAAUUAGACAAUUAAGAUGAUCCAUUUGUGGAUAAACAUACAAAAAUAUACUUUUAUAUAUAUAGAAGUAGACCUCCAAAUUAGGGAAACUUUAUAUAAAAAAAAACUUUUAAAAGAAAUGUUUAUAUCCUCCUCCCCAAAAUCUCAGAUCUAUCCCCGGAGCCAGUGAGCUAUCCUUACAGAAAACUGAUAAGCUUGUCUAGCUGUAUUUCCACAAAAUGAGAAGAGAAGUGUUGACUGAGAAGUCAAAGAAGAAAGACGCUCUUCCAUUUGGAGGCUUCGCCGUUGAGAUGAAGAUCACAUAUAAAUAGAGUUGAGAGUCUGUUGGAGAAGGCAGCUUUGUAUUUUGGAUUGAGACGAGAGUCCUGAGGAGAUUACGAGUGGGUUAAGCCAUCGUAGCUCAAGUUGGUUCUUGAUACAAAGUGUAGUGCAUUGUUCCACUGAUUCAAUAAAGUGUUUGGAGAGUUUGUGA